AUGCUAAGUCUGGCAGCAGGCACUAAGCAGCAAGCAAUCCCACACACCGAGCAUUGCUGGCAGUCCUCAAGUCUGGUGCGUGCUGGAAUUAUCCCCACGUCUCCCCUCCGACACACUGCGGGAGUUACCGUUCGAACCAUUAGCCUCUACCACAAACUUUUUGUGCGGUGCCCGCGACUAGGGAUACAGCCCUUUGCUAAGGCCCUCUGUGACAUUCAAGGCAAGGCAUUCAAGCCGUACCUGUCGACCCAGCUCUACGAGGCGCUGGAUGUGUACGUUGCCAUCCUUAACGGAGUUCGGACCCGUACACGCGAAGCAUUGAGUAGACAAGGGCGAGAGUGGCAAAUGCUGAACGCCUGCCCAUGCUGUCAGUUUAGGCUUAAAGAGGACUCUAAUCUCCGGGUACGGAUGAUUGUCUCAAUGGACGGGAACGACUCUUUAAAAAGGGUGGAAAGGAAGGAAGAUGUGCUUCAGGAGCAGGAGCAGGGGGAAAACGGCCAGGGCUUGCCUCCGGUCUUGAAGGAGCGCAUUGAUGGCCGUGUGGGAGGCGCAGCAUAUUUUGCAUCCAGGAGGGAAACAAACGCAUGGGAUGAGAAGAACUGGGGGGAGAUUGCCGAGCUGUCACCUGAGGAGAGCCAGCCUCCAGUUGGCAGCCUGUGGGUUGAAGGGCGCUGUGAAGAACGCUGGCAGAACAUGAAGGAGACCAGCAUCUCUCGAUCGUCCGCCAAGUUCUUUGAGAACGGGUGGUUUGUUUUGCUCUGCCGGCACAUGCUGCUGCUGCUUGCAUGCAAUAUGAUUCAAAGCGGAGAGCUUGCUCAGUAUCCCCUUGCCUUGCUCCACAUUUUUAUGGCUGCAGAAAAGGAGGAGCGUGACAUAAGGCAAGAGGGACGGCCGCAGGGUCAGCUAGCUGUGGUAUACGAUAUUGCUUGCAAAACCUCAAAGACAGUCAGACGAAGUCCUCUCAAUUCACUUGCUCAGUGGUCUCGGUUCUUACCAGCUGUUGGAGCAAUGCAUGGCUAUGCCCAUGAGCGCUCAUGUCAACUUCUGUUCCUCAUGCUGUAUAUCGUUGGCGUAGGUCUUGAAGAUGGGGAGGGUUGCGAGCGCUAUUUCAACGUGUCUAAUGCCCUGGCUGCUAUCACUCGGCACCAAUCAUCCUUCCACCGUCGACAAGCAAUCUCAGAAUUUGCCUACUUCAAUGACCUCCAAACAUACUCGAGUCUCAGCAGGUUUAUUUAUGGGAACUAUAAGCAAGCGUUGGGCAUCAUCAGCACAAAGAACACAGUUCGAAACAGCAUGCGAGAGGCUGGCAUUGCGUCUCCACAGGUAUUCUAUGACUGGUUAGUUGAAGAAGGCGAGUAUCUUCAGCGCUUGUACCAGACGCCGCCUAAAGAAACCCUUGAGAUGGAAUACUACCUCAAGCUUGAGGCUCUUAAAAGCUGCCAAGAGCGGCUGGCAAAAGCUCGGGCUGCAUGGCUAGGAUAUCAGCCUGGAUUGCGCGACAGAACCAAUGCCCUCGAGACGAAGCACAGGAAUGAGUCAGAAAACGAAAGGAAGCUUCUGGCAGAUGUGCAAGCCUUUGAGGCAAGGCUUGAGCUUCGGAAGCGUUGGACAGAGAGCUGCGAUGAGUACAAGCUGGCAAGGACAAUGGUAAAAGAGGCUUCAUACCGUAAAGCCUUGGACAAGCUGGAGGCGCUGCUGGUUUCAAGGUGUUUCGAGAUGGCUAGACUCAAUCUGCGAAAGCAUAUUGCAAACGCCUUGAAGACGCGCUCAAAAUCAAUUCAAUCAGCAAUUGCCUCGUAUAAUGAGGCAGCUACUGCUCUUUUCCCUCCGCGCCAAACCAUCACCUGGGAGGAGGUCCUUGAGUUUUCAUUUUUGGGAGAGUUCGACAUCCUUCGAAAUGCUCGGGACGAUGUUCGAACUCGACAGUGGGCAACUUUCAGGAACCGUCUCAUCAUGCAGCAGUUCUUUAGGCUUAUUCGCGCAGAGGAGGAGAUUGACAGACUUCAUGUAGAAAUACGCCGCUUACUUACCUACAUCUGUGAGGAGGAGCGAAUUCUCUCUGCAAAGGCAGCUGAGGUUGAGGGAGUGAAUCCUGCUUUAGCAUUGCAGAUUCGGGAGUAUUGGUGCGAGCGAUCAAGAUUCAAUGACCUUCAUCGCAGACGCCUUUUUGCAAUCAAAAGGCUUCGGGGUUUUAACAUUGCUCAUGCAAAGUAUUUCACUGCUGGAACACCAGUGACUGCCCAAGAUACUUUGGUGGAGAGCGCUGACAAUGACCCAGGCCCAUGGGAUGAGGGCGAAGAUGGCGAUGAGGAUGAUGAAGAGAUACUCAUUGAUCGCGUAGCUACUGUCAUGGACCUUGCUGUAAAUGAUGAUUAA